AUGAAGAUUGAUUUGAUGAAGGCGUAUGAUUCAGUCAAUUGGGAUUUUAUUAUUCAUUGCCUAUCUUGUUUUGGUUUUCCUUUGAGAUUCAUAAAUUGGGUUAAAGAGUGCAUUACAUCCCCUCAUUUCUCCAUUUCUAUAAAUGGCACCUUGGUUGGCUAUUUUAAGGGGGCUAAAGGUUUGCGGCAAAGGGAUCCCCUUUCCCCGUACUUGUUUGUCAUUGCCAUGGAGGUGUUUUCUAGAAUCAUGGGGGAGCUAACUGGUUUUGAUCCUGGCUUUAAGUUUCACCCCAGGUGCUCUAAUUUGCAGCUCACGCAUUUAUGCUUUGCUGAUGAUAUGUUGAUUUUUUCUGAGGUGAAUAGUUCUUCCAUCGAGGUUGUUAAGGCAGCUCUUCUAGAAUUUGAGAAGCUGUCUGGCUUGAAAGCUAAUCCCUCAAAGAGUUCUCUCUUUUGUGCUGGUAUUUCCUCUAGAAUGAAGACUAUCUUAUUGGAUGAGUUGCUGAUGGAGGAAGGUAAGCUACCGGUUCGGUAUCUUGGAGUUCCUUUAGUUUCUUCCAAGUUUUCUGCUAUGGAUUGUAGAGUGUUGAUAGAAAAGAUCACAAGCAGGAUUGGGUUUUGGACUUCCAGGCAGCUUUCCUUUGCAGGCAGGUUGCAGUUGAUUAGUUCAGUUCUUUAUGGCUUACAAGUAUAUUGGACUGGUAUUUUUAUUCUGCCUAAGAGUGUUCUGAAGGAUAUUUCCCAAAAAUUUAAUAGGUUUUUGUGGAAUGGCAAGGAUUGUGAUUCUGUCAAAGCUAAGGUUGCAUGGGGUGAUAUUUGUUUCCCUAAAUCUGAAGGUGGGCUGGGGUUGAAAUGCGUAGAAACUUGGAAUAUUUCUUCCAUGAUGAGGCAUAUUUGGUCCUUAUUUGCUAAGUCUGGAUCUAUUUGGGUUGCUUGA